AUGCCAAAACUAAAUCGACGCUUGGACAAGAGCGGACUGGAGCGGACGGGUUUCCGAAGGUUUCCGAGUCACGACGGGACCGCGACGGAGCUUGGUUCCAUUUCACCCGCGUUUCGCACACGAUUCGAUCGCGUAACAUCAAGAGUGAGCCCCACCUCGGCCUCCGGGCUCAUGCCGACUCCGCCGUGGUGUUUCCUGAUAACCAGUCUGGCCCCUCUCACAGUGACUAAUCUGGCUCUGUUGAAGACGGAAUGUCCUUCGCUCGAGUUGAUCGCUCGGGGCAAAGUGCGCGACAUCUACCGCGUGCCCGGCCAUGACGAGGCAUUGCUCUUUGUCGCCACCGAUCGAGUGUCUGCUUUUGACGUUAUUAUGAAGAACGUGAGUCUGACUUUAGACGCUAUGCCCCUCUGAGGACGUACGCACACUAUGAAAAGGACCCCAGUCUUCUCCGCGUAGAUCGAGCUGAACCUGUGCUUGCUAUGUACGACCACAGGGUAUUCCCAACAAGGGCAAGUUACUCACCGCCCUUUCCCUUUUCUUCUUCAACCUCUUGGCCACCUCACCCGAGACAAAACACAUCCCGAACCACGUCAUCACCUCGAAGUUGAGCGAGAUGCCCAAAGAGGUGCAGGAAUACGCCGAUCAGCUCGAGGGGCGAUCGAUUUGGGUUCGCAAGGCCGAGAUCCUGCCUGUGGAAGCUAUCGUUCGUGGGUAUAUUACAGGUGGGUUCCUGCUUCCCUUCUUGGCAGCGGCGAAGGCGGGAAGAUUCUCUGCUGCUUCGUCAGCGCGAGCCUUCUUGAACGACAAACUAGCUCCUGAUCAUGUGUGUCUUUCAAGGAACAGGUUCCGCAUGGGCCGAGUACCAGAGAUCGGGGACGAUGCACGGCAUGGAAUUGCCCAGAGACCUCAAAGAGUCGACGCGUUUGGAUCCGCCCUUGUUCACGCCGAGCACCAAAGCUGAGGUCGGCGACAAGGACGAGAAUAUUCACCCUGAUCAAUGUGAGCCGACUUGAUCUGCGCGGUGCCUACAGCAGGUUGGGUAUUUAAGUGUCUCUCGAACUUCAGUGAAAACCCACAUCGACCCUUCAUACGCGGAACCGUUGGCAGAGUACGCGCUGUCGCUCUACCAGACCGCGGCCAAACACUCGGCGUCCAAGGGCCUGAUUCUCGCCGACACCAAGUUCGAAUUCGGUCUUUUCCCCGCCUCGCCCGAUGAUCCAACAAAACGACGCACGUUGAUGCUUGUCGAUGAAUGCCUCACACCGGAUUCGUCUCGCUUUUGGCCCGCAUCAACUUGGGCGGAGGGGAACAAGAUGGUCGGCUUUGACAAGCAGUUCUUGAGAGAAUGGCUUAAGAGUGGUGGAGGCGGUUUUGGUGCCAAGGGAGGAGGCAUCGAGAAGGAUGGGGUCGAGAUACCCGAGGAUAUCGUGCAGGCAACAUGGCAAAAGUACGAAGAGGCGUUCGAGCUGUUGACGGGCAACAAAUUCAAGUGCUAA